GUCAGUCAGAGAGAUUCAAAUGACAUGUUAAAUGACAUGAGGAUACACUUCAGCUCCAAAUCUCUCUGCUUCAUACGCCUGCCUUAUUAUAUGACGAACAACGGUGCAAAAAAGGGAAUUCUUAGCAAUAUCACCUAAAACUACUUAUUUCAUAUUGCUUAGUUUACGGUCCACAGAAUGAAAAGCUUCGUGACGGUGUGCUGUCUGAGUUUUCUGCUGGGUCUUGUGGCUGUAGUUGAGAGUGAUGAAGACUACACUGAGGAUGAAGAGAUGAUCCUGUCUUUAAUUCUGCAGGAUGACACCCAGCCUGAAGCAGAGAGCAGGCCAUCCGCCCAGUUUUACAGGUGCACUAAGGACGCGUGGCGCAUGCCAGGUCAGUAUAUAGUGGUGAUGCGGAACGGAACGCACGUGAACCAGGUGGAGCGCACCGCGCGCAGACUCCGCGCAAAAGCCGCCAAACGCGGAUAUCUGAUCGAAAUACAGCAGACUUAUUCAGGAGCUUUCCACGGGUUUCUGGUGAAAAUGAGCAGCGAUGUUCUUCACAUGGCAGUAAAGCUGCCCCAUGUGGAAUACAUUGAAGAGGAUUCCUCCAUCUUCGCCCAGAGCAUCCCAUGGAACCUGCAGCGCAUCCUUCAAAACAAACAUGAGACUGGAAAAUACUCACCACCAAAUGACGGAGCAAAGGUGGGAGUGUAUCUUUUGGACACAAGCGUUCAGGUGACUCAUCGCGAGAUUGAGGACAGGGUGAUGGUGACGGACUUCAACAGUGUGCCGGAGGAGGAUGGGGUCAGAGUUCACAGACAGGCUAGUCAGUGUGACAGUCAUGGCACGCACAUAGCAGGUGUGGUCAGUGGACGGGACUCGGGUGUAGCUCGAGGUGCCAGUGUAAACAGCGUCCGAGUGUUAAACUGCCAAGGCAAGGGUACUGUGUCAGGAGCUUUGGCAGGUCUGGAGUAUAUUCAGUCGUCUCUGAUGUCUCAGGCUAUCAGACCUGUGAUCCUACUGCUGCCAUUUGUAGGGGGAUUCAGUCGCACCCUCAACGCUGCCUGCAGGAAAAUGGUGGAAUCUGGUGCAGUGCUUGUUGCUGCAGCUGGUAACUACAACGAUGAUGCUUGUCUGUACUCACCAGCCUCAGAGCCUGAGGUGAUAACAGUAGGGGCCGUUAAUUUUGCUGACCAGCCCUUGAGCACUGGGACGACAGGCACCAACGCGGGCCGCUGCGUGGAUGUGUUCGCACCCGGUGAUGACAUCAUCAGCGCGUCCAGCGAUUGCUCCACCUGCUUCACCACCAAGAGUGGAACGUCACAGGCAGCGGCACAUGUUGCUGGUAUAGCGGCGGUGCUCCUAAAUUUGAAUCCGAACUCUAGUUCUGCUGAGCUUCUACAACAGCUCCUCCAUCAUUCAGUCAAACAGACCAUUAACCCAGAGUCUCUGCCACUGAACCACCGUCUCUCUACACCCAACAUGGUGGUCGCCUUGCCUGACCCGACCUCCACACUCACAGGAGAGGAUUUACUCUGUAGAUCCGUUUGGUCUGAGCGGUCAGCUGCUAAAGGUUUGGCCACAGCUACAGCCCGCUGUCGUCACGGUGAAGAGAUGCUGAGCUGCUCCAGUUUCUCACAAAACGGAGCAAGAGCUGGAGAAAGAGUGGAGGAGAGAGAUGGGCAGAAAGAGUGUGUUGCUGUCAAUGGGAAUGGAGGGCAAGGUGUGUUCGCUGUAGCGCGCUGCUGCACAGGCCAUAAAGCUCAGUGCCAGAUGUUAGAGAGUCCCCAGAGAGGUGCGGAUGCAGAAUGUCCUCCAGACCACCAGCUGACAGGAUGCAGUUCUUCCUCUUCAUCUGGAGAUGCAUCGGACUCUGAACGACCUCUACAUGGCAUCCGCAGGGCAUGUCCUGCUAAAAGGGAUGUAACGUCAUACGCCUCCUGCUGCCACACAUCCUCUCUGGAGUGCCGGCUGAAAGAACACGACUCUAUGGGUCUCAGCGAGCAGGUGGAGGUUUCAUGUGAAGACUCGUGGACACUGACAGGCUGUCAGGGUCUGUCACAUGGUUCUGUCGUUCGUGGGGCAUUUGCUUUGGGAAACACCUGUGUAGUUCAUACAUCUGGAGGAGAUAUAGGAGCUGCCGCCAUCGCCACCUGCUGCAGGCACCGCCUGUCCCACAAGCCAUCUGACCACUGAGGGAUGUGUGUUCUUUGUUUCUCACUUCUCUAAACCAUGGCCAUAACUGCUAUAACACAUAUAAUAGUUGGAGGUGUUACAUAAGUGAGCUCAGUUCUGUCAUUACGCAAUAUUACAUGACAGAGAAGUGCAUUGUAACCAGUUCUGGACAUAACCAUAUUCAAUCUAGAAACUCUACAAGGAGCGCUAAAACACUUAGAAUUCAUAUUAGACAUAUUAGAAUUCAGACUGAUGCCGAUAAUUAUUUUCAUGUUAUGGCUAUAAAAAUUCUCUACUAUUUUCCUUAAAUAAUAAUAAAAAAAAACACUAAAAUUGAUGAUCAAUUGUUUUAAAAUCUACAAGUGAAUUCAGGCAUCAUUGAAAAAUGGGUAUUCAUUUUGAGAUUUGCUAAAAAUUACGUUUAACAGUAGUAAAGCGAGCAUUAGAUGACAGCUAACUAUAAAAAUAGAGGAAAUAAGCAUGUACAAUGAAAUAUAGAAUAUCAGUCAAUAUAUUUAAAAUAUGUAGCAAUACUGCUUAAUUAAAAAAAAAAAAAAACAAUAUCGGUAACCGAUAUUAUAGAUAAUACCACUUUGACUGUAUUUAGGACUAGCACUUUUCAUUUUUAUAUUAACAGAAUAUAUUUCAAAUGUGUACCAAUACUGUUAAAUUAAAAAAAUAUCCAAUAUCGGUAACCGAUAUAGAUAAUACCACUUUGACUUAUUCAGGACCAGCAUUUAUCAUUUUUAUGUUUGCACAUAUUCUAAAUUGAAACAGAGGUCUAUUUUCAUUAUUUCUGGCAAGAGCAUUAUCUCCUAUUAUGCAUGUGCACUGUGUAUAAGAGUGUAAUUCUUUUUAUAAAUGUAUAUUUUUGUAUUGCAAAUCUUAUGACAAAUUCAUGUAAUGGUCUACUUCAGACUUGGCAGAUACAAAAUCACACAGUCUGCAAAGUUGUGCAUUCCAGUUUUUCCUUUUUAUAUCAAAUGUUUUCAUUGUCAAACUCUGAUGUACAAAUUAAAAUGUGGUUUUAACAUGCAUUAACAGAUUCCUUUACACACUCGCAGCAGAAAUGAAUCAAAGAAUCACCAGUUAUUAAAAACUCUUCAAGCAUCUUUAACCCUGUCCUGACACCCAGCUUAAAAACACAAGCCUCGUCACAGAUCUACCGAGCGGUUGGUACAGCAUCUACAGGUGUAGGAAAGGUUAAAAAAGAUUGAUUGGAGGGAGGAGGAUCAGAUUUGUGGAUAGUUUUAACACACCCUGUUCACUCAAGUACACCAUAUUUCAAAGAAGACUACAGCACUGGUUAUAAACUGUAACUCCACCAUAUCUUAAAGGCUCCUUUAGUGAAAACCUAAGCAGGCAGUUGAGCUGAAAUGAGUGAUAUCUUUGCAAAUGUGCAUAUUUCAGCAAAAUAAGAAAGAUGCCUUAUGUUUAGGCACUGAUCUGAUGAAUUCUGCCCUCUAUUGUAACUGAACCGUGUGCCUUUAGUCUUGAAACGUUUCAAAAUAAUCCUCCGGUCAUCCUAAAACCUAACUAAUGCUCCCAAACACUUACCACAUCUGCUGCAGUGAAUUAGCAGUGGACUAUUUACUGAUUCAAAGCAUGAAGGCAGUUGUGAGUACUGCAGUGUUUUGCUGACUAUUAGAGGCCAAAACCAAGAGAAAGAGACAAAAAGUCAAAGACCAUACUGAAAAAGACUGCUUAAACCAGCCUUAACAGGUUUUACCAGGCCUUUGGCCUGAUCAAUCUUGAGUUUAGUUGCCUCAAGGUACUCUUAAUAUCAGCAAACCAGGCUGGCCAUGUUGAAAAACAAACAAACAUGUUGUUGAACCAGUUUGAGAUGGUCUGCUAGUUUUAUCAGGUCUUCCAGCCUGACUAAUCUUGAAUGUAAGUACCCCAAACCACUCUACAACCAGCAAACCAGGCUGGCCAUGUUGAAAAACAAACAAACAUGUUGUUGAACCAGUUUGAGAUGGUGUGCUGGUUUUAUCUGGUCUCCCACCCUGACCAACCUAGAGUUUAUGUGCCCAAAACUCCCCUAAAACCAGCUAAGGAACCAGGCUGGCUCUGUCAUCUUAAACCAGUCUAAGCUGGUUUGCUUCUCUUAGUUGCUCUUCCAGCCUGAUUAGGCUGGUCUGUUGGCUGGCAUUGAAUGUUUUUGGACACUAAACCACCUAAACACAACUUAGCCGGGCUGAGAAACCAGCAUAAACCAGCAAAUCCACUUAGACUGGUUUAAGAUUUAUUCUAUAAACCACCUUCUCUCAGCGGUUUCGGCCAGUUUAUGCAGUUCUUUUCCAGCAAUAAAGUCUCUCACACAUACAAACAUGCACAGAAGCGCGUGAAAGUUGCGAAGAGCAGGUGACUGAGGUAAAAAGCAGCACUAACGUUUGUGUGAGGUGGCAUUGAGGUCCUUCCGCUGUAAACAUUGAAGCAAUGUCGCUAAGUGUUCUAGUCUAAAUACAAAAUGAGCAGCAAACGGCAGCUGAAUCACCCUGCAGACUCCCUGAAAGCAGGACAUCACAGGCUCGGCUCAGACAAGGACCGUGACACACGAGACGCCGCCUGUGUCCUCGUAUGGCACUCUGAGAUGAGCGUGGCCGAGCCAUCCGAGUAUACGCGUGUGCGUUGUUAUCGUAAUGUCGAGUGGGUUCAGGCAUUUGUGUAGCACGACGUGUCCACUGGUUUGUCUCAAGGCGAGGACGCGAGCGGCGUAGGGGAGGAGUCGAGUAAAGGCACUUUACUACUCAGUGAGAACUUUCCGGUCCCUCCAACAACCUCCGUCUUUCUCUUUCCCCUCCCCGCCCCAUCCUCACCUUGUCAUCCGAUUUGCAUUGCGUAAGGCAGACUAAAUGGAAAAGAUGCAGGUAAACAAACAAAAAAAGGACAAAUGUGGCAAAAUAAACCCUGAAAAGUGUCUUCACGUCCCUAGAUCUUUAUACCAAAGCAGCACGAGACAACAUCAAAACAGACGAACAAGAAAGAAAUGAGACAGUUUUUCAAUGACAAACUCUGCUGAUUGUAGCACUCAUUGUCUUUCAGGAAGAAGAAAAGCUCAUUGGACAGUAGCGUCUCUGUGUGUUGCAUAUGUGUCUCCGGACGCAUCUGCUGAUGCGAUGUGUCUUCCGCCGUAAGGUCCGUCCUCAAUGUCCACCAUCAUAUUUCUGUCUAGCACUUGCGUAAACAGCUUGUGUCUUUUCCUGCAUGCUGUUCCUAUCCAAGAAACUCGAUGGACAAGAGAGCAGCGAGGGACGUCCGCUAUUGUCUCCACGUGAUGAAUUUCUCACAAACUGAAUUCAAAUAUAAAGUGCUUUAAAAAAUACCAGCAAGAAAAAGGAAAAACGGUGUGAUUAUUUGACUCUCAGAGACUUGGCAAGUUCUUCUUUUUUCGAAUAAAUUUGAGGCACCUCUCAAACAG